AUGGCGACUCACAAUGAUGCAUUUGACUCCAGUUCCAAGGAAUCCAAAAGCGGUCUUCUGGUGUUUAUCACUCCCGCGGUCUCCGCCCCGGCCGGGCCUGCCCGGAUCCCCGGGGCCCGUGCUCGCUCGGCCGCUUCCGGUGGGGCCUGCGCUCUCGGCGGCGGCGGCGGCUCGCGCGCUCCCUCGGCGGGCGGCCACAUGCAGGCGGAGCGCGGGGCUCGGGGCGGCCGCGGGCGGCGGGGAGGUCGGGAGCGGCCCGGAGGGGACCGAGAGCGGGCCGGAGCCGCGGCGGCGCUGGUGAGAGGAGGCUGCGGGGACGGAGGCGGCCGGCGGGGCCGAGGCCGGGGCUUCCGCGGAGGCCGAGGAGGAGGCGCCCCGCGAGGCGGUCGCCGGGAGCCUGGAGGCCGAGGCGGCGGAGCGAGCACACGGGUAAGGAGUGCGGAUGCGGCGGCAGCCAGCCGACGUGCAGGACGCGCGAGCCACGGCGCCUGCGCGGGACGGAGCCGGAGGGGGGAGCGCGUGGACGGUGCACGCGCAGCCCCUGGCUGCUGGCGGCCCAAGGACUAG